CUAACAAAUGUCCAAAUUGUUGAUAUGACCCUGUUAAGAUGUUAUUCGAAACUUUUGUCAUUUUGGUCCUGAAAACUGGCAUAUCUCUGGGGAAAUACCAUGUCGGUGUUUUGUAUGAUUUAUCUGAGUGGUCUUUGCAAGAUCUUCCCACUAUCAACGUUUCUGUGCCUAACAGUGUCACGACAUACCAAUAUUACCUCAACGGAAGUGACUUUUUCAACAUCACAAGCAAAGUGUGUGAAUUAUCAGGAACUGAGAUUUUAGGAUUCAUUACAUUCACUUCUUGUAACAAGGGCCUUGUCUUCAGCAACCAUGCCAGCUCAUUAAAUCUACCUCAUGUACUUAUCACCAAAGAUGAAAAACCAUGCAUAACACCAUCCUCGCCAACGUUAUCCAUUCUGGCGGACUGUCGUCUGCUAAACAGAGCAUUUCUUUCUAUUGCGUCACAUAAAAAUUGGAAAGCAGUCAACGUUAUUUAUGACGACUCUUACGAUGAAUAUUGUAUCCAGCAUUUGGUGGAUCAAUUUAAUUCUGCUGCUAUUUUCUCAAGUACUUUUCUUCUUUCCAAUGUCAGCAAUAUGAAGGCUUUUCUUAAUUCCAGUUACGGAGAAAAUGAGAAGGCGGUGAUUUUUACUGCACUGAAUGUGAAUAAUACAAUUGAUACCAUUCAAAAGGCUUCUUCCUUUAAGAUGUUCAGUAGACAAUACUUCUGGGUGUUUAGCAUAGAUCCAAAUCUGUUAUUGGAUACUGAUCUACCAAAUGCUCUUCAGAAUGGAAAUGUUCUUACUGUGUCAAGAAACGUUGCUUUUAACAACAAUAUUAGCCUUUCCAAUGUCAUUCUGACUGAUGUUAUAAUGGCCUACAGACGUAGUUUACAGUCGAUGUUGAGUAAUAACUCGUCCAUUUCCAUAGGGACGUACGACUGUUAUACUAAUAGACCCACCCCAGUCAAUAGUCAGCUGCAUCAAAGCUUGCUGCAGACAACCCAAGGUAUCUCCGGAAGUUGGAAUAACGUUGUAUACAUUCAUAGUAGCCAAACUGGACAGAACGAGACAUUCUCUGAGGUAGCCACAUACAGCUAUUUAGAGGGAUUCCGUGUACAAGACGACAGACUUUUCAAAAACCUGUUUAAAGAUUUCGGGAAUAGGACUCUUACUGUUGUUUCUUGGACAAGUACUCCAUUCACCAUCAGAGAAUUACAAGGAAACGACAGCAUCCAGUAUUACGGACUUUGUUAUGAUAUUUUUAAUGAAUUUGCCAAAGUUUUUAACUUCAGAUACGUGACGAUUGACUCCGUAGAUGGUACAUAUGGAGGUCCAACAGCCAAUGGUACAAAUGGUACAGGAAUGGUUGGAAUGGUUAUGAGAGGUGAGGCCGAUAUAGGGGUAGGACCGUUUACUGUUACCGCCUCGAGAGAAACAGUUAUUGACUUUCUAACACCCUUCCAAGAAGAAGGGGUUGGAAUAAUCAUGAAAAAGGCUGAUCAAAAAGCUGACCUGAUGUUUCGGAUGUUUCUACCAUUUCAGUCUACUUCUUGGAUUGCUACUGGAAUAUCUAUUGUGGUUACAGGAAUCAUAUUGUCUAUUGUGUCCAGACUGAGUCCGUACACAAGAGAAGCAGAUAAACCUGUUCAUCAAAAUGUUUGGCUUGGCUUUGGAGCCUUCUUUGGUCAAAUUGGUGGAGACUCAACUCCUACAUCAGCCUCAGGUAAAGUGGUGCUCGGUAUUUGGUGGAUGUGUACAAUUCUAAUUUUGGAACUGUAUACUGCAAACUUGGCAGCGUAUCUUACAAUACCACCAGCGAAAUCGCCAAUUAAGAAUCUUGAACAAUUGGCUGCAUCAUCUGAUUACAAGCCAUUAGUCAAAACGGGUUCGAAUCUCGAUUUUCUUUUCAAGAGAGCAAAAGGUGGAUUAUACAAGCAAAUAAGAGAAAAGAUGGACGACAUGCCUGUUAUUAAAACUACAGAGGCAGGAUACGACUUGGUAAAAACAGGAACAUACGCCUACAUGACAGACGUGUCCCAACUUACGUAUAAAGUUUUAAAAGAUUGUCAAAAUAUGUUGGUUGCUGAAGAGACUUUUAAUAAAGCAGGACUAUCCUUCAUCGUUAGAGAAGAUGCUGAAUUCAAAACAGCAUUCAAUUUACAUAUGAUUACAAUGAUAGAGGCAGGUUUAAUUGCCAAAUUUCGCUCCAAAUGGUGGCCCCUUGGAAGCGAGUGUGACGCACUACAUUCGAAGAAAACUGCCACAGAACUACAGAUAGACAGCAUGGCCGGAAUUUUCAUUGUUUAUGGCGCAUUUACUGGACUUGCAAUACUCGCUUUCGUCACAGAAAUUUUAUUCUCAUGUUAUAUUUAUCCACUUUUAAGACAGAAGAGGAUUCAAUCUGCUGAAAAAAUUUCCUUGAAUGAUUCUUCAUAAUCCCACCGGUGUUUUUCUCUAACAUUAUGUAUUGUAGUGUACUGUAGA